ACGCUUUUGCAAAUUCAUUGGACUGGUGUCUAAUUAUAUUUUCAACCGUAAAUUAUUUUCAUGAACAAAAUAUCGUGGUAAAUGUCUUAUUGUGUAUAAGCACAUCACGUUAUCAAAACGUUACAUUGACUUAGAUUUAACAGAUCACGGUUUUAGUUGUUAAAGAGUCGAAACCUAUCUUUUAUCAGUACAUGUAUACAAGUUAUAUUUGAUUUCCAAAGUGAAACUCUUUCGAAUACCGCCAUGUUUAAUCACAGACAAAUGGCUAACGUGUAAAAUGUUGACUUAUUAGGAUAUACCAAAAACAUCCUAAGUAUUUUCAUUUUGGACAAAAAGGAUCGUGAUUUAAGAAAUGGCGAACAAGACAUUUCAUCCCGCGGACUACGCUGUGUUUGCGGCCAUGCUGGUGAUAUCAGCAGGAAUAGGUGUUUUUCAUGCUGUUUCUGGUGGUAAACAAUCGACAAACCGUGAAUUCCUCAUGGCUAACCGUCAAAUGAUGUCACUUCCGGUGGCGCUGUCUGUAUUGGCCAGCUUCUUUUCGGCGUCAACGCUUUUAGGGACCCCCGCUGAGAUAUACCAGUACGGGACUCAGUAUUGGAUGUCUGUGUUUGGGGCCAUGCUGGCCCCUCUCACUGGGGCCCUACUGUUUGGUCCAAUGUUCUUCAAUCUGAAAAUCGUCAGUGUGUUUGAGUAUCUAGAGAUGCGAUUCCAUUCCAAGUCAGUCCGGCUGUUUGGAGCGACAUUGUUUCUAUUGCGGGCUACUCUCGGAAUUGGGAUAGUUCUCUACGGGCCUUCUACAGCUCUUAGUGCAGUCACCAACUUUCCUGUCUGGGCCAUUAUUGUAAUGGUUGGAGGGAUAUGCACAUUUUAUACGACUUUGGGAGGAAUGAGAGCGGUGAUAUGGACGGAUGUGUUUCAGACUAUAGUCAUGGUAGCCGGUAUGAUAGCGGUCCUAAUACAGGGAUCUAUUCAAAUUGGAGGCUUAAGUGAAGUAUGGAAAAUCGCGUACGAAAAUGAUCGGAUUGAGUUUUUCAAUUUCGACCCGGACCCUGAAGUACGUCAUUCCUUCUGGUCACUUGUCGUCGGUAUAUAUUUUGUAUGGUUGCCGCCGUAUACCGUCGAUCAACAGAUGGUACAGAGAUUCUCGUCAGCCAAAUCUUUGAAGGAUGCAAAAUUUGCUUUGCUGUGUAACCUUCCCGGUAUGUUCGUCAUCAUAACUCUAUGUUCUCUGGUGGGCGUGGUUUUAUACGCAAAUUACGCUACGUGUGACCCAUUGAAAAACAACGACAUUGAAAAUGUGAACCAGUUGUUGCCUUACUUUGUGAUGGAGAUAUUCACAGACCUUCCUGGCCUACCCGGAUUGUUUGUGGCCUGUAUAUUUAGUGGUGCCCUCAGUUCAGUCUCCUCCAUGUUGAACUCAUUGGCGGCUGUGACAUGGGAAGAUUUCCUGAAACUUAGACUGGGAAUGGUGGACGAGACAACGGCAGCCAGAAUCACAAAGGCUCUCGCUGUGGUGUUCGGUUGUUUGGGUGUAGGGAUGGCAUUUGUCGUGGAGCAGAUGGGCGGAACAGUUCUUCAGGCAUCCUUAACCUUCAACGGGGCUAUAGGAGCUCCCCUGGUGGGCGUAUUCAUACUUGGAGCGUGUUUCACACGUGCAAACUGGAUUGGGGCUCUGGCCGGUGGAAUCAUUGGUUUCAUUUUCCCUAUAUGGCUUGGAAUAGGAAAGUAUGUGAGACAACCCCAAAAUGUUAAACUUCCAACAAACAUCAUGGGUUGUUCUGCCGAAAAUCGAACGUCGACACCUUUUCUGAACACUACACUAUCUACAGUCUCUACAAUUUCGUCAGUCACGGCGGUAAAUGAAGCGAGGUCUUUCAACGGAAGCAUCUCUAUAUCUAACGAGUUGACUGGACUGGACAGACUGUACGGGUUGUCAUACCUCUGGUUCAGUGCAAUAGGUAUCCUAACAGUGGUGGUCAUUGGCCUGGUGGUCAGCUGGUUGACCGGUAAUCCUGAAGAAGACAAAGUGGCGGAUAAUCUUCAACUUCACUUUUGGAGACGGCUGUAUGAUGUAUUUCUCUCUCGCUGUUCUGGGAAUACAGACGAUGAUGAGGACACUCCAGGAAUGGAAGAGGAAAAUGAAUUGAGAGACGAUUACGCAAGGGUUGAUGACGUAACAACAUCGUUGUAAAACAUCAUCACUUUCUGUGUUACUCCAUUAUACAUUGUAUGUAUUAGUACAUACACGUGUAUGUGUUGAUCAAAUUAACAAAUAUCCACUUGAAGUAUGAUAUGUGACAUGUAUAUACUGUAACUAUG